UCCUGGCUCUCGGAAGCAUGCCCACUUGACCAUGUUCUCUGGUGUCCUAGCAACCAGAAAAUCAGAUCUGAUCUCUGGCCAGGACAGAGGCCAUUCUUCCCUGACCACUGUGACUCUCUGCCUUCCGAGCCUCUGAAGACCUGCUUGUGCAGCUCUUUGACCACAGGAAGCCACCACUUGUCCCCAAGGAUUCCAAGAAGCCUAGCCGCACCAACCCAGCCCAGCAAGAUGAGCUUCUCACUCACAUUCAUGGAACUGACCAACAUUGCCAUACCACAGUGUGGGGUGGUGAAUUUCAGGGCCCUGCACCUCCUGAUCAAGGGCAUUCUGGAGCACAUUCAAAUGGCUGAGCUCAAGAAGGAACUCUCGGGGGAUGAGGACUUCCUCCAGACCUCGCAGGUGGUGCUUGUGCCUGGGGAAGGAGAUUCCCAGCCUGUAGUCAACCCUAUGAAGCGACUCAGCAACGUCUUUGACGGUGUGGUGACCCGCCUCGACAGGAUCGAGAAUCAACUGGCUGGGUUGCAGGACCUGCCCUCCACUGCCCAGCUGCUGGAGGGCAGCCAGGGGACCAAACGGCCUGCCGAGGACCUGUGGCAUCUCAUCAAGCUCCGAAAGAUGGUGGAGGGCAAUGAAGAAGCCAUGGCCAAGUCCAUGGUGACCCUGCAGGAUCUGCUCACUGACCUGAACCCACUCAAGGUCACCGUUGAAACCCUUGGGAAGGACGUGAACAUGAUGAAGGAUUGUUUUGAAAAGAUAUGCCCAGAAAAAGUGGACCUCUUAUCUGAGGACUUGAAAACGCAGAACCAGAAGAUGAGCACACUGCAGCAUGAAGUGGAUUCUCUCAAGAACAGGAUUCACGCUCUCCCCAAAGCUGAGGAUCUGGUGCUCUGGAGUGGCCUCCAUGAGGCCAUGUUCACUCCAGAAGCCACUUCACAAGAGCUGGAGAUGUCCAAACAGUGGCAGACCACAGACCAGCCUCCACAGGCUGCCCUGGCCCAGGAGGAGCCCGGGUUGCCUUCCCACGUCUCAUGGCCCGUCCAAGGCCCCGGCCUGCAGCAGACUGCCUGGCCGACUGGCUGGCCGCCUGCCCAGGCAGAUCUACUCAGCAGUGUCCAGGCGCCAGGUCAACCUCAGGCCCUCAUGCCUGGUCCUGGGUCUUGGCCUUGGCCUGGGCCUGGACCUAGGUCUUGGCCUUGGCCUGGUUGGCCUGCUCCUGGGCCUUGGCCUGGGACUGGGCCUGCUUCUAGGCCUGAAUCUGGGACUGGUCGUGGGCCUGGGCCAGGGCUGGAGCCUGAAACCAUGCCUGCAGUGGGGCCUGAUGUGACACCUGGGUUCAUGCCAGCAGUUUUGCCUGUAUUUGGACCCAGACCUCAACCUGCCCCAGGAGCUUGGCCCAUACCACCAGGAGGCAGGCCUGGAGCUGGCACUUGGCCUUUGUUUGACUUUUUCCAGCCUGGCCCAGGUCCAUCAGACUCCCAGCAGCCCCCCAGGGCCCCACCCCCAGCCACAGAGUUGGGAUCAUCGUGGCCUCUUCCAUUGCAGCUGCACCAGACUCUUGAGGCCCCAGAGCUCCCAGCUGUGGAAGAAAAGGGGGAUGAAUAUUACCCUUACCUCAUGGUAGACUCUCUGGCUGGGCCUUCCCCAGGUGAAGCCACCAAGGAUCAGGGUCCCAUGGCUCGGGCCUCGGAAGCACACCUGAAGGGUCCCCAGGAUGCCCUUGAGCAAUUGAAAACCACUGUUGCUGCUGCUGCUGCAGCGGCUGCAAACUACGCUGCGGCUGCCAACUCAGCUGCCCAGACAGCCAAGGCUGCUGCCAAGGCGAUCACCGAUGCCCCUGCCAGCAAACUGGCUACUAAAACCGCCAUUGCGGCUGCCCCCGGGCCCUUUGGGACCCGUUCAGAUGUCUCGGGUGCAGGGUCUUCCCGCGGGGCUGCGGAACCUACGACCUUGGAUCAGGAGAGCAAGCAGCUACAAGACUUGGUGGUAGAUUAUGAAGAAUUGGCUCCCCAGUUCCCCACCAAGGACAUUCCUCCCACCAAAACCCUGUCACAGGCCAUGCAGACUGCCAAGAAGGCGAGGAGCACCCAGGACAAGAAGGCGGCGGUCAAGCGCUCCAUGGGCCACAUAGCCCAAGUGCCGGAUAGACAUGACUCCCUGAGGGAAGAGUUUGCCCAGCUGUCAAACAACCUGCAGCAGCAGCUGACUUACCUAGUGCACGCAGGAGGCUUUUCCAAGCUUGAGGCGGCCGUGGACAUACUGCAGGACAAGAUAAAUAACAUCCAGAAGUCCAGGCUGAAGGAAGAGGAACUUGAGAGAGUUUGGGGCACCCAAAUAGAGUCCAUGAAGAAUCACUACGUUGUGCUGGACCGCUUGGUGGGAAAGCUCCAGGCUCGUGUGGAUGAGUUCAAGAAUCUCCAGGCUCAAAUCAGAAACCUGGAGCAGACCAAGGCGAAUAAGAGCUCGCUGGAGGAGGAGCUUCGAGAAAAAGCUGACAAGAGCGCCCUGGCGAGCAAGGCGAACCGCGCAGACCUGGAGACGGUGGUGACCGAGCUGCACGAGACGUUUCAGAGCAUCUUGUUCAAGCUCACGACCCAGAAUGACCACUGGAAGAACGCUGUGGAGCAGCUCAAGAAGGAACUGAGCACCAAGCUGGUGCACAGUGACCUGGACCUUCUGAAGAAGGGCCUGGAGGAGGUCUGGGAAGUGGUCAAGAAGCUGCUGCUGGAGGGCCUGCUCUACGACCCCGACAGCGCCGCGGGCUUCAGGAGGAAACUGUUUGAGCGGGUGAAGUGCAUCUCCUGUGACCGGCCAGUGGAGAUGAUGACCGGCCCGCAGCUCAUCACCAUACGCAAAGCCCGCCUGCUGUCAAAGCUGCGGCCCGCCAGUGCCAACAGCUACGAAUACCUACAGCGCCAAAUGAUGAGGGAACAGCAGCGGCUGCAGCUGCAAGAGGACGGCCUGCACACUCUGGGCGCUCAGCAGGACUGGGGUGACAGCCUCCAAAAUGACACCACCCUCAAGUUCAAGCCAGGGGAACUGUCAACACUCUACCCCUAUGGGGACCCCCAAGUGUUAAACUACGACACUGCCGAGGUGGACAUCCUGGGAGUGGACGGGAUUCUGUACAAAGGCCGAAUGAAUACUCAGUUUGGGGCGCAACCCUUGACCACGGCAGAGAAGGAGUUGGCAGCUGUCAAGGUUCCUUGUCCCCCAGCUAGAAACCUGUAUGCUCCUGUGCGCUCCAGUGACUUAUUUGGUACCAUCUGCCCCCCCUUGGGUCCCCGCCCUGGAGCCUGCUCAGCCACCCCUGGCUCUCCCUCCGUGACGCUGGCUCAACCGCCAUCCCUGCCACCUCUGCCACUGCUGCCGCCGCUGUUCCCCCCUCUGCGGAACCCCCAGCAGGCCCCAGAGCCUACCAGACACUUGAGGUCUCUGCGCCCUGAGUCCCGAACCAACAAGCAGCCUAUGGAGGAGCCUGUCAACCCGACUGUGUUCAAAUGAGGCCAAGCUCCGCCGAACCCCAGUGACUCACCUCUCCAAGCCACUUCGGGGGCCACUGGUUCGCACAGUCCCAGCCCCACCUCCAUGUCACAGAUGAGUAUUUUGGCAACUUCUUCCCAGAAUAAAAUCUUCCAUUUUUCUGACCGUAGAUGAGGGGACUGGCUGGGUGCUCUCUGCAGAGUGGCCUUGCCUUCUCUCCAUGGGUGGGACUUGCUGGUCCCUUCUCUAGUGGCCACCGGGGCUCAGCCUCCCAGCACCCUUGCCCACAGCCACCCAGGCUGAGUGUCAGCAGAGACUCGAAACAAACCUUCAUCCUUUGCCAAAUUACCACAGUGACCACGUGCUCUGAGCUGCCUCAGCUGUAUGGGGGCAGACCAAGGGUCUCAACAGGCCCAGGCUCAUAGGAUGAGGCCCUAACUCUCUGGCCCUUGCCCAAGAGGCCACACCUGCUGGGUACUGUCAGGGCAGUGGGGGGCUCAGCUCUCAUCCUUCUCCACUGCAGCUAGGGGAGCUGUGGCCCCAACUCAGAAAUGGCUCCUAAGGGCAGAGCAGGAUUUUACCCACAGGCGCCGGGUGCCACGUGAUGUGCCACUGACAAGGCCUUGGCAAAAAGGAGAGCCAGGACUGUCCUCCCCAGAACUCGGCCUUACCUACCCCAAAACAGCUGAGUUCUUUUAAGGCUCAUUUGAAAUAUACAUAUUCCCCAAGUAUAAGCUGUGGCUACCACCCCAGAGAGAACCCCUUUCCAACCGCAGGAGUUACAAACAGCCUUGCACGAAGAUGCCAUCUUGGCCAAGCCCAGCGGCCUCCCACCCAGGGAGAUAGAUCCAAGUCAAAGGACUCAUCUGUCCUUGGCUGGGGUGCGAUGCUGGGCAGAGCCCCUCUGAGCCCUGCAGGGCGGGAGUCAGUGGGACAUUGUGGUUCUAUGGGCUGGCUGCUGUGUGUUCUCAGACAGCCCUGGUGGGGCCACUGGAGAGACCCUGGGGACACCCAGCAGACCUGGGUGUGGCCAGGUGUCCAGGACUCUCGCAGCACAAGAAGCCCUUCUGUCUUUGAAGCUGUCAGAGGAGGAGCCUGCCCACAGCAGAAGACAGCUCAGUGUCUUGCUCAUCUGCCAGGCCCUCCCCAUGGAGCAGGGAUGUUUAUUUCUGCAGCUGCUCAUGGUGAAAAGCAAGCUCCUGUUGAGUCCAGCAGAUUCCAAGGCAGUACAGGGCUGGCCAGCAGAGGUGGGCCAGGCUGUGUCCCAGCGUGUGGUCAAUACCAGCCACUUGUGGCCUUGAGGGAAUUUGGGCCAUACAUUCCAGUUUUCCAGGAUACGUCAAAAGGCAGGCUUAUCACAAUUUAAAAAGUUGGCAAAUGCCUUGCAACGUGUGCAGUACUGCACAGGCCACACCGGCACCUGGCAGGGCUGAGGGUUUGUGAGCCCUGAGAUGUGCCCUUGCCCAAAGCAGACCUGAAGGCCGCAGCCACUGCUCAUCACCCGCGUGUAGGCUUUGGUUCCCACGUGCUGCCCUUCCUCUCUGGGAAUCAAGGCAUGAAGAGCCUGAAGCACAUUGUUUUUGAGCAGACUCAUGGAUAGCAACGAUGGUUUUGAUUUAUUUCUUAAUUUUUUGGUACCAGGGAUUGAACCCAGAGGCUCUUUACCACUGAGUUACAUCCCCAGCCCUUUUUAUUUUUUGAGAUGGGUCUUGCUAAGUUGCUAAGGCUGCCCUCGAACUUGUGAUCCUCUUACCUCAGCCUCCAGAGGCUCUGGGAUUGCACCACCACACCCAGCACAGUAGCGUACAUUUAGAGUGGAAUUUUGGAGACAGUCGUAAGUCGUUUGGAGCACCAGCCCAGUGGCGAACAGGGCAUGAUCAGCUCAGAUGCACUGGCCUUCUAAGUAACAAGGCGAUUUUCCUGCUGUCCAGGAAGCUCCCAGUGCUGUUAUGAAGCACAGCUGAGGGAGGCCUAGAAUUUGGAGUCUGUCCUGAAACUUCAGCUCCUUAGCUUUUUAGCCAUCUUCCUUUUGAACAUGUGUCGUUGCUGGUCUGUUUUGCUUUUCAGCUUCAGGUUUGAAUUAAGCUGCAGAAGGUCCCAUGUUGUCACACUCGAGUUGUGAGGCAUGUGGUGUCUUUGUGGGCCACCCUGCUAGUCCUGGACCACUCUUGCAGCCCCUCCCUUGUCUACAGGAUGCUCAGGCCAGGGCCUGAAAGUAUACCCGACACAGCUUUGGCAUCCAUUGGGAAACACUCCCAGGCCCUGUUCCAGCCUACUCUGCUCAAAGACCCCUUCUUUCCUAGGACACUUAACUGUCAGUCUAGGCCUCUCCUCUGAAGCAGCUGCCUCAAGCAUGACUGACAAGCACUCAGGGGCCUUCUUGGUCUGCAGGUUUGGGAAGCAGGAGCUGGUGGCUGUACCACGUGAGGGGCAGCUGCAUCAGAAUCCUCUAGGAGUGCUUUUAUUUUUAGUAACAGCUUUGCUGGCAUAACUGGCACACCAUAAAGCUCACUUUUUUGAAGUGUAAAGUGAGUGGCAUUAGUUUAGGCAGAUGGAUCACAGGUAUCCACUGGGGGUCUUCUCCCCAAAUUCUGAUAUAGAAGGGCAGCCAGGUAUGCAAACCGCAGGAUUAGAUAGGAGCCCUCCACUGGGGUGACUUCUCCCAAAGCAGAUAUCAGUAGAUAUUUUUGAUUGUCACAAAUGGUGGUGCUACUGUUUCUAGGGUAGGCUUCUGGGAUGCUACUUGAUAUCUCGAUGUAGAGGACACCCAUACUACAGGGGACAGCAGUCCAGUUCCCGAUGUCAACAAUGCCAGCGUUGGAAAGGCCAGGAUCUACAGGAGCUUCCAAGUUCCUUCUGCCUUCAAAAUGACUACCUGAGACCUCCAGGCCCAGCCCACAGUAGCCCCAAGGGCAGACAUGGGUUCCGAAUGACACCCCAAACUCCAGCAUUUAGUAAAGAUAUGUAGGGCAUGA